AUUUUCAGUUUUAAGAAUUCGAGAAAUUUGUUGAUUAUAUAGAUUUUUAAGUUUAUAACUAUUACCUGCUGUUUUAAAAAGUGAUUUUAUAGUUUCAGUGGAAGUUGGUGAAGAUUAAUCAUAAAACUAAGUAACAGAGUACAAAUCUUCAAGAAAUAACAACACACCUUUUUACUAAUAAGCAAUAUUUAAGAACAUAGAAUUAUGGGUAAUGAAAUGUCUUCAACUGCUAUGGAAAAGCACCUCUUCAACCUGAAAUUUGCUGUGAAAGAACUAGAAAGAAACUCCAAGAGAUGCGAAAAGGAGGAGAAGCAAGAAAAGGCCAAAACCAAACAAGCAAUCCAAAAAGGAAACAUGGAAGUAGCUAGGAUACAUGCCGAAAAUGCAAUUCGACAAAAAAAUCAAUCCGUCAAUUACUUACGAAUGUCUGCUAGGGUAGAUGCUGUAGCUAGUAAGAUCCAGUCGGCUGUUACCACUAGGAAAGUAACCAAUUCCAUGGCCGGAGUUGUGAAAGCCAUGGAUGUAGCUAUGAAGAGUAUGAAUUUGGAGAAGAUAUCUCAAGUUAUGGAUAAGUUUGAGCAACAAUUCGAAGAUCUGGGUGUGCAAACAGAUGUACUAGAAAAUACCAUGGGUCAAACUACUACCACGCUUGUACCUCAAAAUGAUGUCGAUUCACUUAUGCAACAAGUAGCUGAUGAAGCUGGAUUGGAAUUGAACAUGGAACUGCCAGAAGGACCUCAAAGCUCCGCAGUGAGCACCUCUACGGUUGUUCACGAACAGGACGAACUGACCCAACGAUUGGCCAGAUUGAGACAAGCCGAAUAGAACUGCUGCGCUUAAGUGAUAUGGACAAUAAAAAUAUUAUGAUCUAUUUUAUAUUCUAAGCUUCGAUUAAUUUGUCAGCCAUUUUGCUGGAGAUUAUGAAAACUUAUCAAUGAAAAUAUUUGUGUUAACCAACUAAUAUAUGCAAAGAUGAUAUUGGUAAUUUGAGAUUAUAUGAAAUAUGGAACUAGUUUUUGGGUCGGGAUGUAUUUUUUUUUAAUUUCAGUUAUUUUAGGAAUCAAAAAGCAAAAAUAAAACUGUUUCUUUGUUAAAAUAUACAUA